ACUACAGCAGCUCCCUUACCAGCUUGGAAACGAACAUUUCUGCCGCGAAUGGAGAAUCUGUCUUUUAAAAGAUGUGGUUAAUAGAGAGGACACAAGGACAACCGUGCACCUAACUAUUCGUCUAAUAAUCCGUUUGUUUGCUUGUUUUAGUCAAGACUUUCCUGUCCGCUUGUUUGAAGAUUUAUCCUUGUCAUGGUGAAUUGGAGGCAGUACAUCCUCUCAGCAGUGUCCAUGUCCUAAACUGAAGACAUGCAGUUGGCUACCAUGGAUUACAUCGCCCUCUCGGUCUACACCUUCACCUUCCUGCUGGGCCUCCCCGCCAACCUGCUGGUCCUGUUUGUGUAUGUGCGCAAGGCCCGAAAGCGUGGCACCACACCCAACGUGGUCUAUGCCCUCAACCUGUGCCUGGCCAACCUGGCGCUCGUGGCCUGGCUGCCCGUCAAGGCUCUGGAGACGUUGCUUCAGGACUGGAGGCUGCCAGCAUCCAUCUGUCCCAUCUACAGCUUUUUCCUCUUCUCCUCGCUGUACGGCAGCUGCCUGUUCAUCACUGCCGUGACAGUGGGGCGCUACCUAAGCAUCGCAUACCCAAUUAUCUACAAGAUAUACCGACGGGCUCGAAUCUCUUGCUUCAUCAGCGCUGCCUUGUGGGCCGUGGUGCUCCUUCACCUCAGCUUUGCCCUGGUGGCUGAAGGAGGGGGUAACUUUGUCUUUAUUAAGGGGGACACCUUAGCCUGCUAUGACCAAUUCAACACCUCCCAGCUGGCGGUUCUGCUUCCUCUACGCCUGGAAAUGGCCAUCACCUUGUUCCUUCUGCCUCUUAUUGUGACGUCCUUCUGCACCCUGCGUUGCGUCACCCUGGUGUGGCGUUCAAAUUUGCGUCCUGUGGGGAAGAAAAGAGUCCUGACCGUCGCUCUCUCCACUCUGGCUGUGUUUGUGGUGUGCUAUGCGCCCUACAACGCCUCGCACAUUGUGGGGUUUGUGUUGAAGAAAAGUGUUGAUUGGAGGACAUUCGCCAUGCUGACGAGCUCCUGUAAUGUUUUCCUGGAGCCUGUGGUCAUGAUGAUGCUGUCGCCAGCAGUGUCGAGGGGGAUCAUGGGAAGAAUCUGUGGACAGCAAAGCCAACUCAGCCAUACUGAGGGGUGUCGGCAUCAGUGUAACAGCAUUAACGGUGUUGCAACUGUCAGGGCACCACGUACAAUAUCCGGAAGGAGCCAGGCGGGGGCCGAGGUGACGAAAGAGAGUCAGGAGUGAGGUCACAGUGGGUGGAGAUGUCAGAGAUUUGGGUGAAAAUAAUCCUGACAAAUCCAAAAGGAGAAAUGGGAUAAAAAAAAAAAAAAUAAAAAACAUUCAUGGAAAGUCUGAUAGA